UGCCUGCGCUGAGGAAGGGUGCGUGUCCCCAGUGUCCGCUCCGGUCGCCCGGUUAGGAAUGCGCCUCACGAACCCGGUGUGUGGUGUAAUAUUUGACGAGCCGCCAGCGGCGACUGUGGUUUGAAGAGAGUCAUGGUUUGGCAUCGCUUCUACCAUUAGUAUCUUAGCGUGCAGGUUUGAUUCAUUGAGCUAGCUGGCGUUAGCCCGCUCCGUUGAUUCAUAGCACGCUAGCUCGCUAGCUUCAGUCUGUAGCAUACGGUGCUAGCCGGCUAGCUAGCCAGUGAGCUAGUUUGAGUGUGCUGCUGGCCAAUCCGGUCCAACAGGAGAGAACCAGACCGACUGCUGAACCCAGCCGCUAUUUCGGAAAGAGGAGGUGGUGGCAGGCGGGGGCCGGGAGAACGCGACGGGGUGGAAGUGAGUCAGGAGCGGCUGAUGAAUUCAGAUCAGAGCGGAGAGCCGCCGCUGCUGCAGGAGGAGGCUGAUCCCGGACCGAAGACCGGUGCGAAGGACGAGGCUCCGCUGGGGAGCGAGGGAGGGUCAGGCGGCAUGGUCACCUCUAAGGGCGCCGGUUUGAACCCAAAUGCCAAGGUGUGGCAGGAGAUGCCUGUGGCCCCCAGCGAGGCUGUUACCAACAGCCCUCAUUGGCCCUCCUCAGACAUUAGUGAGGGUUAUUCUGAGCCUUCGUCUGCUGGGUGCAAGCAGUACACUGUGGGAUUCACGGCCCUGGAUGACAGCAGCUCCACAGCAACAGCUGAGAUAGCAGUAAAUGGAAUGGACCCUCCAGAGUUGGGCUUUUCCCCCGCUGAGUCCACCACGGGGACCUCAGUGGAUUCCAAAACUGAAGAACGAUCUCCGAUCUCUUCUGAGAAUCUACGAGAGUCUCUUAAGAAAGAGCUGGAGUUUUAUUUCUCUAGAGAAAACCUCUCAAAGGAUUUGUACCUGAUGUCCCAGAUGGACAGCGACCAGUUUGUCCCUAUUUGGACUAUAGCCAGCAUGGAAGGCAUCAAAGUCCUCACCACUGACAUGGACCUCAUCCUGGAUGUGUUGAGAUCCUCUCCGAUGGUACAAGUGGACGAGAAAGGGGAGAAAGUGCGUCCUAAUCACAAGCGAUGCAUCAUCAUCCUGAGGGAGGUCCCUGAGACCACACCUGUCGAGGAAGUGGAGUCACUAUUCAAAAAUGACAACUGUCCAAAAGUGAUAAGUGUCGAGUUUGCACACAACAACAACUGGUACAUCACAUUCCAAUCAGACACAGACGCUCAACAGGCAUACAAGUAUUUAAGAGAGGAAGUAAAAACAUUUCAGGGAAAACCCAUCAUGGCCAGGAUAAAGGCCAUCAACACAUUCUUUGCGAAGAAUGGCUACCGUAGCAUGGACAGCAGCCUGUACGCUCAGCAGUCCCAGAGCCAGUCCCAGUACAGCUCCCCGCUCUACAUGCAGCACGUCUACCCCCAGCAGCAGUACCCAGUCUACGGCAUCGUACCUCCCACCUGGACGCCUUCGCCCACGCCGUAUUUUGAAACUCCUCUGGCACCAUUUCCCAACAGUAGCUUUGUGAAUGGAUUUGGCUCUGCGGGACACUACAAAACUGGCUCCAGUUCUCUUAAUAUCACUCGCCCAUUCAACAGAAACCGUGUCCCCCUCUAUUCAAGAAAGAAUGUAAUAAAUGCCUUCAGAAACCAUGUGAAGCCCCAGGUGAGGACAAGUGAGGUGACCUCAGCGUCUGUAACUCCUGUCCCCUUGGAGAGCCUGACUGGACUCCGCAGCCCGCAGCCUCCCGCUCCCGUCGUCCCUGCUGCCACCACCACUAACCCAGUCCAGACAGCCUCUGACCUGAGCUCAGCGUUCUCACAUCUCUCCUCUUCUUCCUCGUCUUUGGACCCCAGUGACGACAGUGGCAUAGCUGGACGCGGAAGACGGAGCACAACCUACAGAGGGACACGGAGAAGGCGAGAAGACGAACGGGUUGCGAGGCCUGUGCCGUUAGCAGAGGUCAAGGUUUCUCCACCCAAGUUUGACUUGGCAGCUACCAAUUUCCCACCUCUUCCUGGCUGCGUGGUCAGCACACAGGGGGAGCCAGUACUAGAAAACCGGAUGUCAGAUGUUGUACGCGGUUUGUACAGGGACAAGACAGAACAAGCCAAUAAAGACGCCACUGUGAGUCCAGGUUCAGGCCAACCCCAAGUCGCAGAGGAGGCUGUGGCUGUCUCGAGUCCUGCCCUGGCAGCAGCGAAAACCGCUACACAACCACUUGGACCCUCAGCUCCUGGUAUCCCCCGUCAGGAGAAGAGGGUUGAACGGGCAGAACCACCGCCUCCAAAAGUGGCUCCACGCACACCUGUUCAGUCUACUGUAACCCCAACCCCCACCACGCAGCCUGUGCCUAGCUCCAGGCCUCAGCCCUCUGCUGCCUCCACGCCAGUGGCACCCAGCACGCCGGCCCCUGCUACAACCCCUAACCCCCCCCCCCACACAGGAGCCACGGAAGCUCAGCUACGCCGAGGUGUGUCAAAGGCCACCAAAGGACCCUCCGCCCGCGGCCCCCGCCCCAGCUUCCUCAAGCACCGCGACGGGCCAGCCGUUGCGCGAGUUGCGCGUGAACAAGGCAGAGGAGCCGGGCUCCAGCAGCAGCAGCGCUGGAGACAAGCAAGAGAAAAACCACGACAGGGAGGGAGGAUGGGAAUGCAAGGAGAGCCGACCACCACGUGAACGUGACUCUCAAGGCUACUAUCGCAGCAAUGGCCCCAGAGGAGCUGGGGGCCUCAAGUUUCGGGACCAGAGGCGCCCGCC